AAAUCGGUCAUAUGUAUUGGUUUCAAGCCACACCAUCUUAAUAUUCUUUGAACAACUGCAGGUUGUCCUUGGCGAAGAGAGGUUCCAUGGGAUAGCCAGCAUGUCAUUUGGUAUCACAUUGACGAGACCUGUAUUGAUGUUUAACGAAAAAGCCAUUCUUUCACUGUUUGCAGGUGAUUCAAAAAGUGCACAUAAUUUGCAAACUUACCUGCUAUCAAGAGAUCAUUCGAAGUUGAAGUCUGAGUUUCAAGAUGGAUAUAGAAAGAAAAUUGUUGAUUCAAUUGAUCAGCUACCUGCUGUGGAAGUGGUUCUUGGUGAACAUGUUUUUCUCACUGUGGGGGACUAUAACCUUGCUGGAAAAUCUUGACUAAUUUCGUUCCAAGAAUUCCUUUUUGAUCUUCUAUGGAGUUUGCAAGAUUAGGAGCACAGAAUAUGCUCAGGCAUGCCUAAUUGUAAUGGGCGAGCAAUUGACAAUCAUUCUUUUUCUGUAUAGCGGAUCUCACGUCUUAUUUAUAAGAUAAAAACAGGUGUCUUGAUGUAAUCCUUGAUAAUUUAUCUAAAUGAUUUUUACACACUUAA